AUGUAUUCUCGCUUAAAAAAACCUUUUUUCAUUUGUACUGAUCCUGUUGCUCUUCUUUUCCGUUCAGAAACACCAUCCGCCCUUAUUCUCUCUGGAAAAGCAUUAGCUCUUUCCCGCUCAUCUUCACGCGCUAAACGUGCACCAUCCAAUCCCCUGGAUGCUUCUGUUAAUCCCGUCGAGCUUCAAGAUCUACCUCUUCUUAAUAAGGACAAUUCUGUUCUAUCAUUGGCCAAUGCUUCAACUUCUUCCACAUCAGGCCUUACAAGUCGCUACCUUCCUAAUCUAGAUCAAAUUCGUACAGAUUUUCCCGUACCUCGUAAAUCUUUUUUACUCCGGACAAGCCGUAGUGAUCCUAGUUCUCGUUCAAAUUCUCCUUCUGACUUUCGACGGCGAUCUACCAGUAUAACCCGUCACCUUACUGCUACUGGCUCGAUACGAGACCAAGGUCGGCGGAGGUUUCUUGGCCGCCGAGCUAAGCCUUCACAAUCACGCCCGCUAGGGAUGGAUGAAGUUGGCUGGCGCUGGCAACUGGUCUACGAUCCGGUGAACCAAAUCGUAGUUUGGGCAGACGCUGCUAGCCGCUUGGUUGGUGCUACAGAGAGCUCUACCUGGCGUCCCUUCGGAAAUUUGGUGCCUAAGCGUCGUCUACAGGUUCGAGUAUAUUCAUUAACUAGGACAGGAUCUGAGAAUAUGAAAUAA